AGCGGGGCCCUCGGGGGGCCGCGAUGCGUGGACGGUGCCGCAGGACGGCGGCGAUGGCGUCGGACGAGCGGCUGGCCCGGUUCCGCCAGGCGCACCUGAACCCGUUCAACAAGAGCCCCGAGCAGCCGGAGCGGCCCGAGGGGGAGCCCCCCGCCCCAGCCCAGCAGGCGGACCCCCCCCCGGGGGACCCCGAGGGCGCCCUGGACCUGGGGCUGGCCGAGGACCACUUCUCGCGGCCCGUGGGGCUGAUCCUGGCGUCGGACGUGCCGCAGCUGCGCCGCGCCAUCGAGGAGUGCAAGCGGGUGAUCCUGGCGCUGCCCGAGCACUCGGAGCGCCAGAAGGACGCCGUGGUGCGCCUCAUCCACCUCCGCCUCAAGCUGCAGGAGCUCAAGGACCCCGGUGAGGAUGAGCCCAACAUCCGCGUGGUCCUGGAGCACCGCUUCUACAAGGAGAAGAGCAAGAGCGUCAAGCAGAUGUGCGACAAGUGCAGCACCAUCAUCUGGGGGCUCAUCCAGACCUGGUACACCUGCACAGGCUGCUACUACCGCUGCCACAGCAAGUGCCUGCCGCUGGUGAGCCGGCCGUGCGUGCGGGCCCAGGUCAGCCACCAGGCGGAGUACCAGCUCAGCAUCUGCCCCGAGAGCGGCCUGGACAGCCAGGACUACCGCUGUGCCGAGUGCCGGGCCCCCAUCUCCCUCCGGGGGGUGCCCAGCGAGGCCCGGCAGUGCGACUACACCGGCCUCUACUACUGCUCCAGCUGCCACUGGAACGACCUGGCCGUGGUGCCCGCCCGGGCCAUCCACAACUGGGACUUUGAGCCCCGCAAGGUGUCACGGUGCAGCAUGAGGUACCUGGCACUGAUGGUGUCACGGCCGGUGCUGAAGCUGAGGGAGAUCAACCCGCUGCUCUUCAACUACGUGGAGGAGCUGGUGGAGAUCCGGAAGCUGCGCCAGGACAUCCUGCUGAUGAAGCCUUACUUCAUCACCUGCAAGGAGGCCAUGGAGGCACGGCUGCUGCUGCAGCUGCAGGACCGGCAGCACUUUGUGGAGAACGACGAGAUGUACUCGCUGCAGGACCUGAUCGACAUCGAGGCCGGGCGCCUGGGCUGCUCCCUCACCGAGAUCCACACGCUCUUUGCCAAGCACAUCAAGCUGGACUGCGAGCGGUGCCAGGCCAAGGGCUUUGUCUGCGAGCUGUGCCGCGAGGGCGACGUGCUCUUCCCCUUCGACAGCCACACCUCGGUGUGCGCCGACUGCUCCGCCGUCUUCCACAGGGACUGCUACUACGACAACUCCACCACGUGUCCCCGCUGCGCCCGGCUGAGCCUGCGGAAGCAAUCCCUGUUCCAGGACUCCGGCACGGAGGGGGAGCCCUGAGGGGGUCUGGCCCCACUGUGGGGUCUCAGGCCCGAGGCUGCCCCCACCCCACCCAGCACAGGGCCCUGGGAUGGACACGAUCAGCCCAGCGGUGGUUUGGGGACUGGGGUGGGGCUGGCUCUGCGAUCCCGUGCUCAUGGACGUGGCAGCGCCGCCGGGACGGAAUCACUGCUGGAGCCCAGCCCUUCCCGGGAGCACCGAGAGCCUCACCGGAGGGGCAGGAUGGGGUUAACCGGGAUCCGGUAAAGGCCCCGCAGCGGCUCCUGCCUGGGACCGGUCUGCGG